AUGCUGAAGUCUGUGCCAGGUAAAAUUGCUGUCCCAGGAGACUACAGCAAACGAGUGUAUCAAGGUGUGAGAGUGAAGCACACGGUCAAGGAUCUGCUGGCAGAAAAACGAUCCAGGCAGACAACAAAUUCAAGAUUUAACGGCAGUGUCAAUUCCUCUCAGUCUCCAUUUGUCCCGAUGCCAAGUUCACCGGUUAUGUCAGGUUACUAUGGUGUCAGAAGAUCUUUCUUAUCUGACUCAGACUUUCACAACACUAAACAGUUUUCAAAUGACGUCUACACCUCAAGCGUCGCUAAGCAUUUUUCCUGCGAAGCCUCCUCUGGGCAGAGCUACCCGGCCCUCCUGGAUUCCUACUUCCCAGAGCCCUACGGAGAUUACCGCCCCCCGGCCCUGACUCCCAACUCGGGAUCUCUGUUCACUGCCUCACCCCUGCCGCCGCUCCUGCCGCCACCCUUCCCCGGGGACCCCACUCACUUCGUAUAUAGAGAUUCGUGGGAGCAGACGGUGCCCGACGGUCUCAGCCAGCCCGACGCCGGGCCCGCAGACGCCCUGCAGAGCCUGCCGCCCAGCACGAGCUGCCUGCCGCAGCUGGAGUCGGAGAGCGCCGCCCCGCAGCGCAGCGCGAGCUGGGGGCCCACCCUGGCUGGGGCUCCGCCCUACUCGCUGCACGCGCUGGACGAGCUGCACCACGCGCCCGGGUACCCCACCCCGCCCCCUUACCCCUUCCCCCCGUUCAUGGCGGUGGCAAACGACCUAACGCCCAAAGUGGUGCAGCUCUCCCCAGAUGAGGGGGCAGACGCCCCUUCCCUGCAGGACCCUUCUCCGUGGACCAAAGACGACGGGAGCCUGGCGUGGGGGGCCUAUGAAUGCCGCAGAGCUUACUGAGAGGGUGGACAAAAGGACUCCUAAUGUGCUUUUCUUUAGAUUGGGUUCUGUAUUCCACUGAUUGUUUUAGGCGUGUCGGCUCAUUCAGAACUGGAUUUUCAGGAUAAACCAUAAUGCCACCCUUUGUUAAUGGACGAUAGCGUUUAUUUGUAAUCCCCACCCCCACCCCCCAUAACCCGCUGAAAUACACCACAAUGUUAAAUAAAUAUAUCAUGGACCAUAUUCUAGUUGAAACAACCAUGCAGUGAGGUCUUUUGGGAAGUUUAGUAACCCAUUACAUGCUGAAUCUUCUGUUAUCCUCAGUGUAUCAUUUUUGGCACUGAUUUUUUUUUCUUAAAUUGCAUUAAAAAGUUUAUGUGGAUCAUAAAACAUA